CUGUUUACGCUGCGGGCGCGCAGUGACCCCUGCCCGCCCUCCCGCUGCUCCCCCGCCCGCUCCAACAUGCCCUCAGUGCGCCUGCCGCCGCGCCCCGGGCGCUAGACCGCGCGGCCGCCAUGGGGAAUGGGAUGAACAAGAUCCUGCCUGGCCUGUAUAUCGGCAGCUUCAAAGAUGCCAGAGAUGCAGAGCAGUUGAGCAAGAACCAGGUGACACACAUUCUGUCUGUGCACGACAGCGCCAGGCCAGCACUGGAGGGGGUUAAAUACCUGUGCAUUCCAGCAGCGGAUUCACCAUCUCAAAACCUGGCAAGACAUUUCAAAGAAAGUAUUCAAUUCAUCCACGAGUGCCGCCUGCGAGGUGAGGGCUGCCUUGUUCACUGCCUGGCCGGCGUCUCCAGGAGUGUGACUCUGGUGGUCGCAUACAUCAUGACGGUCACCGACUUCGGCUGGGAAGAUGCCCUGCGCACUGUGCGUGCGGGGAGGUCCUGUGCAAACCCCAACCUGGGCUUCCAGAGGCAGCUGCAGGAGUUUGAGGAACACCAGGUCUGUCAGUUCCGCCAGUGGCUGAAGGAGGAGUACGGAGAGAGCCCUUUGCGGGAUGCAGAAGAAGCCAGAGGCAUUCUGGAGAAGCACAACUUCUGGUCCUAGAAUCACACACCUCUUUGGAAAAGACACGAGCUGACGUCGGGCGACCGGGAUGUUGCACCGUAAGCCAGCCUGCUGGCGGCAAGGCUCCUGUGCAGCCUCUCGAUCGGAUCUGAAGUGCUUUACUGUAUUACAGUGUCCAGACGUAUCUGUUCUAUUUUACCCCUCUUUUCUUCAGGUUUCUCUGGGAAAAGUCCAGACUCUCUAGAUUUUCUGUUCAAUAGCUUCUUCCUCAGAUUAUGAAAAUUUGUUUUCCCUCACAAAAUGAAAGAAGUCUACAGUGCCAUUCAGAAAAUUACUUUUAUUUUGUAAAUCCUAUAACGCUUCAUAAAGUGUUUCCAUAUAGAGAGCACCUUCACGUACAUUAAUUCAUUUUCCCAGCAAAGCUGUGGAAUCACCAGCACCCACGUUCAGCUGCUCAGUAGCAGAACAGGACCUAGAACUCAGGUCUGACUCAUAAUCCAUUGCUCUUUGCUCUAUACCAUGUUGGAACCAAUGAGCAACGAGCUCUCCAUGUGAGCAAAUCAAAGAUAACCUGCCAAAAUGAUUUAGAAACAAAGGUUGAGGCAACGUUAUCAUGUGACAUAGUCGGGUCCCAGUGGAUUGAUUUAUGAAUUAAUAAAGUGGAAUUGAAUCGCAGAAGAGGCCACAGUUACCUGGUCCACGAGAGACCAGGUCAUGUCUCCACAUGAUACAUUUACACAGGGAAGUGUCUUUCCUCAAGGACUGUGGAUCUGAAAUCAUCUUGAGGCUUGUAGACUUGAAUUGGUUGUGUCUGAGAUCCACUAAACAGGUCUAGACAUGCCAGUGGGUGGCAUCUCGGUUAGAAGGGGCAGCAGGUAGAGAUGGUGUCUGUCUAGGAGGGACCUGCUGGAAGAACCAAGACAAAGGUGCAGAAUAUAAGCCAGAGGCAGGGCAGAAGCUGCCCGGGAGAAGCAAUGGGGCAGGUGGCCCAAGAACUGAGCAGACAGGAAGGAGGGACAUUGGGCCAGGUUGGGAUGGACCCUGCGGUCCUGGGGACCUGCCAGGCGGAGUGAGGGAUGCUGCUGUCUACACCGCACAGGCCGGCACCAAGUCACACGGUCUCACAAACACAACUCUGGACCAAUGACAGCUGUUCCGUCUUAACACCAAAUCGUCAGACAUAUCUUAACAUACUUUUAAGACCAAAGAAUCAGUCUCCUCUUGUCGAGAAUUGUUUUGCCCCAAAACAAAACAAAAACAAACAAGACAAAACAAAAGCUCUCAAGUCCAUGGAAAAGAAUUAACUUUUUCAAAAGAAAACUUUGUGUAGGAAAGGAAACAAUGGGGCAGUUGAAAAGUAGUUAUAACAACCAUUAUAAAAAGGCAAUGAGUAAAUAUUUUAACAGACGAUGGUUAAGUAUAGUGGUGAAUACAUCUCUGACUUCCUUAGCUAGAAUAAACCCAGUUGGGUUGCUGAAUCAGUAACCCCACCCCCCCCUUUGGUUUCUAUAAGUUUAAAACUCAAAGCUAAGAAAGCAGGGAACCAUCAUGCCCUCUGGAAGUAAAAGACAACUUCGUAUUUUGGAAAAUAGCCUAACCUGCGCCACUUAGGUAGUGAGGGCUUUACCCCAGCCAUAUGCCUCUCGCUCCGAUCCUGGCACUUGACAACUGCCAAGAUCUGGAAAGAAAACUUGCAAAAUUACUUCUGAAGCUUAUAUUUAUGUAUUUUUCAAGAAGAGGUAGGCAGAAAACCAUGACUUUGGGUCUUCUCUAGCAAUGUCACCUUUUUCUUAUUCCCAUGUUUUAGGAGAUGCUUAUUUUUAACAUGUGUUUGUUGCCUGGACCCUGUUCAGCAAAACGUCGCUGUAAAAUUGUGCACAUUUCCCAGAAUACGCGUGAGACAAACAAUUUUCUAGGAAACCAGUGGGAUUUAACUGGGUAGAUCAUCAUCCUUCCUGCCCUCAGCCCACUUCGGAAGUUGGGCCUAAUCAGAAUUAUUUGUCGUUCAGUUAUUUUUCCUGAAAUGUUGGCAGGCGUCACCCACCUUCCUAGCUGCCAUAUCCGUCAGGGCCAGUGUGAGUUCUCCUGUCCUCAGUUUACCGGGUCUUAAAAUACAGAAUUUCUCAGAAUUUCAGUGUUUUGUCUCGAAUCAGAUGUAGAGUCAUUAAAAGAGAAAAGUAUCUUUUUGUGUGCGUGGCCUUUGGGGAAAAUGUAAAUUGUUGAAAUUAUCUCUUCCAAGGCCGCACAGCUUCCAGCUAAAGGAGAUAGGGGUGAAUUUACUAUCAACACCUUCCUUUACCCAAAACUUCGCCACAAUGAGGUCUUGGGAUAACUUACCCAACAGCCUCAAUUUCUAACCCAUUUCUCGAUUUUCUUGGGUACAUCAGACCUGAAGAUUCUAAAAAUUUCAAUACACACACUUAGGGCUGUAUGUGUAUUGGGUCCAGUAGGUAUUUAUAACUUGACCAGGGAAAGCUCUCCUGCCUGAGACAGGUUACCAACCCCUGGAAACGACUAGCCCUCCAGGUAAGAGAAGAUAUUUCCGUUCCCUAAGAAGGCAUGUGCUGUCCCAUUUACAAUAAAAGAGACCCCAGAAUUUCUUUGAAUAGCAACAACAGCUGUUAUUUAAGGCACACCAAAGGAGAUAGACUUGGUUUUUUUUUUUUU